UCCGAGCAACUGGCACCGAAUCGACAGUUUCGAACGUCAACGAUGAUCGUCUCCUUAAACGUAACCAGGCUUCUGGCUUUUCUUCUUCCUCUUCUUCUCGUAGCAUUCUGUUACGCGCUUGAUCAACAACCUGGACCGGCGAUUCCUUGCCGCAAUUCCGAAUCCUGCAUCACAUCGUCCAACGCGGUGAGAAAUGCAUCCUGCAAAAAUGGAUAUUGCGUGUGCACCAAUGGUAGCGUAGUUUCGAACUGCUCUAGUUCCGAGCUAAUGCAUCAAAGCAAUAGAAGCGCAGGAUUGAGUUAUCGAAGUUGCAAGCUCGAUCAGGAUUGCAUCCAGAGCUUGAACAACUCUUUCUGCAACACGACAGUAAGUCACUGCGAGUGUCACAAGGAUCACGUUUUCUCGACCCAGAGAAGCAUGUGCCUUAAAAAGGCUGACUCGAUCGAUUAUCCUUGCACGGAUGAUAACCAAUGCUUAUCCUUUUCGGCGAACACCACCUGUAAAAGUGGCCAGUGCAGUUGCAUAUCCGGGUAUCACUACGCGGGAAACGCCUGUUACAAGACGAUAGAUCUUGGGAAGCCGUGCGCGAGAAACGAAGAAUGCUCUCGCGUAUACGGCGCGGUGUGCAACGAAGAUAAUAUUUGCAAUUGUCCGGAAGCAACUGUGCUUAACGAGAGCAAGGAAAGAUGUUUGCUGGUUGCACGAGAAAUUUUGGAAAACUGCACCGAGCACGCGCAGUGCAACGAGACUUUUCCGGACGCGUUGUGCGUCGAUCGAAAGUGCCAGUGUCAAGAUCGAUAUCAUUUCGAGAUGGAGGAGCAGCGAUGUUUCAUCGAUAAAAAGCUGGACGAAGUCUGCGCCAACAGCUACGAGUGUUACCAAACGGAGGACGAAAAUGAAAACGCGACGGAGAAAGCGGUGAAAUGCGUGCAGAAUUUGUGCACGUGCGCUGAAAAUUUUGUUAGAGAAGGGGAUAUAUGCAUAAACGAAGGAACGCGUUCGAGGGAAUCUCUGAUGCUGCUGUUCCUCGUAACAAUUCUAAGCAUCGGGUUUUCCAAGCGAACCUAGACGGACGACUUCGUUUCUAGCCGACGAAUCACUCGAGCAUUUUCGCGAACGAAACGCGAUACGGAAAGCGAAAAAAUUCGAUGACACGGUAGCGUCGGGUGUCGUCGCGAGUGUACAGGAUUACGCGUCGAGUGCAAUGGGAGAAUACGUCGGCUGCAUCGAAGCGUUUAAAGACUUCCUCUGGCACGCACAUGCAAUUAUGUACCGCGCUCGAAGCGCGCUACUGCGAUUCGUUUCUCGCGGGUUCGAAAAGCAUCGAAAAGCAAAACGUUCCAAGAUGCCAGGGAAGCUAGAAGUUAAGUUACUUAUCUUGUUUGUUGUUGAUCGAUCGAACGAACCCUUUCGCACCGUUCGAUGGAGAUGUAUCGAUACUCUGUUAGAAUCUGAAUAAGUUUGCGCGUCAACUUGUAAUUCACGGUUGUGUUUUCAUAAGAGUAGUAUUUUAUUUUUUCCAACUAGUUUCGAAAAUGGAUCGACUCGGAAAUAAACGAGUAUGCGGUGUUUAAUUGUAUGUAAUUGAGUCGAAGCUACCUUUUUUUACGAAUCUGUAAUCUUCCCUUUCCAGGGUAAAAGCGUUAUACGAUAUUAUUUCUUUCUUUUAAUUUUACACGAACACGAGCGCGAAAAACUGUAGAUAUCUGUUUAGUUCUUUUUUUAUGUUUAGCAUUUGAUGUAAAGAUUUCUGGAAUUAUGAUUGUUUUUAAUAAACUAUGGAUCAUGAAGAAAAGGAAGCUUGUA